AUGUUACCAAGGUUGUACUCACCUCCUGUCAGUAGACCCGCCACGUUCGAACGGGGGAGCACGACCUGCAAGAGCAAUCCAAUAAAGGCCGAUACCCUCUCUUUGAUAUCUGGACGAUACUUCAAGUCUUCAAUCCAUCGUGUAUCAGCACCACCACCUGAUCAAAGGCAUCUGGAUCGAUUGGGAAUCCUAUUCUUCAUCAGACCCAAUAACGAUGUUCUAGUGGAAGUUGUCAAAGACAGCCCCUUAUUGAAACGUGAAGGCGUAAUAGAGUCACUUGAAGAGAGGAAAGAUCCUUUGGAUGUUGGAACAUGGGUGAAAGAGCGUCAACAGCAUAUCUUCAACAACAUUUACGAUAUUACUGAUGCGGGACAAGGCAAAGAUGGACAAGAGCGAGAUGAGCUGGAAGCCGAGGUAGCAGGGAUCAAGAUCAAAUAUUGCAAUUGA